AUGAAGUAUUCCAGGUACGAUAUGGGUAUUGAUCGGUACGGUACACGCAAACCUGGUGGCUUUGCCUGGGACAUCGUCUUGCUCGGGACUACUACUGCCUUGUGUGGUAUCCUGGGUAUCCCGCCUGCCAAUGGUCUUCUUCCACAGGCACCCUUGCACUCGGAAUCCCUGAUGCACACAGAGAAGGAAGAGCAAAGUGUCAUCGUCGACGGCGAAGAAAAGAUAGAGACGCGUGAAGUGCGACGGGUCUAUGAGCAGCGCUGGUCAUCGUUCCUUCACGCGGGGGCCAUUUUCCUUUUCAUCAGCCCGCCAUUCAUGAAAGUACUCGGCUUGACCCCGACGAGCGUCCUCGCGGGACUGUUCAUGUUCAUGGGUGAACAGAGCUUAUCAGUCAAUCUAAUUCUAUACUGCACUUUCUAUCUCUUCACACUACUCUCAGAGCUCUUACUACUACUACAGUCCAUACACAACCCCAGCGAGGUACCAGACAUCACCGAUACACCCCGCAACCCAUCCUACCUCCCAAUCCACCUCUACACCCUCCUACAAAUCGUCAUCACGGUCGUGAUUUUCAUCCUCACCUUGACACGUGGUGCGCCCGCAUUCCCAAUCCUAAUCAUCGCUCUCGUCCCAUUCCGGCUCCUAGUAAUGAAGCGAUGGUGGCCCCGAGAAGUCCUCCGCUUCGUUGACGCUUGGGCCUGUCGCGAAUGA